AUGCGGAUGACGGUGCCUGGACCGGGGGGACUGCAGCAAGGACAGAGUCUGCAGGAUGGGGUGGCCAAAGCUGUCGACCCCAAAAAGGUGGAGGAGGAGGAGGAGGAGAUCGACAUUGACCUGAGUGCACCUGAGACGGAGAAAGCCGCGCUCGCCAUCCAGGGCAAAUUCCGCCGCUUCCAGAAGCGGAAGAAGGAGUCAGGGCCCUGA